CAGAGGAUGCAGCAGUUGCAAGGUACUACACGGUAACGAAAGCGGGUAACGGGAAGGAGUAUCAACAACCGCUCAAAGAUCCUAUUUUGAAUCGGGAGCACCGUCGCUUUCGUCUGCAGAACAAGCGAGUCAUAAAAGAGGGAGCUGGGUGUACCUCGCGAGCAGUUUCGUCAACAAGAAUGGAGGGCAUGCAGACCGUGGUAUGCGAUAGCAAACUGAUUCCGCGGACACUGCCGGAUGCUGCGAUCGUGUUCAAAAAUUGUAUCGAUAAAGGCUACGAAUUCGAUCUAGGAGAGGCAAACACAAGUCGAAAUGUCACUAAAGGCGGAGGGAAAGCAUGG